AACUAAAAGGCCAUCCUCACCUCCGCAGCUCCGCCGCAGCGCUCUAGGCGGUGAGCGUACCGCACCAUUCCCGUUAUCUGGUUGGGGUGGGUCGAGUUGGGUGGGUCACCGCCCUUUCCUUCCUCUAUCGUCGUCUCUUUCCCACCUCCACUCCACACGGAAGAGAAGGGGCUCUCUCUUUAUCUCUCUCAUACACACACACACACACAAAAACAGAGAGAGAGAUUAAGGGGGGAGAUGGUGGGGAUUUUCUCACGAUUCUCCGCGGGAAGGAGUGGUCAUCGGAGGACGAAGAGCGCACUCGAGGUAGGGGAAGCUUUGCCACAGAAUACAGAUGUCGGAGAUUCCAAUCCUGUGACUGUUUCUCUUCCUGUUUCUCAUGGAAUCGAAGUAGCAGUCGAGUUUAAGCCCGUUGCGCAUCCAGUUGAACCUCUUACCCGUGAUCAACCAGUUAAAUGCCCAUUGCCGGAGCCUUCUAUACUAAAUGAUGGAAGGAUAUGGAAAGAAAGGAUGUCGUCAGCUGGGGCGAGAGUUCGAGCCGACUUGCCUGUAGUGAAGGAAGGGUCGCACCUUGAAUCGGGCGCGAGUGGAACCAAGCCUCUAUCUGUUCAACCUCGACGGGUUAUAUUGCCGUCAGUUAGUGCCCCCGAGCAUAAUCUCAUCACAUUGCUCGAGGAAUGCAAUGCUGCUGGGAGUCAGAGUGGAGGGGAAUGAGCUCACAUGCUCCAGUGUUACUUCUUUUGUUUUGUUUUGUUUUGUUUUUUUUUUUUCUUUAUAGCCUUAUUUAUCUUCCAUGGUAUAUCUUGGGAGGUGGAUGCACACAAUUCAGAGCCCUUUGUGUAUCAAUAAAUGUGGGCGUGUUCCGCGCUCCUGUUACUCUUUCUUUUUGGAUAGCCUUGUAUCAUAAUUUAACAUCUUGUAAUAAGUUUGAGUUAACGUUAUGUUAUAGUUGGAAUGAUAGGACAGGAUGUUCGAUAUGCAA